AUGACUGAGGGACUCCCACAAGGUGUUGCAGAUGUAAAUCAAUGGUACACCUUGGUAGCUAGAUGGUUUACAGAGAAAAGCAAGAAAAUGAGUGAAGUAAACUGCGACAACACUAAGAAAAAGAAGCUGCAUCACACGGCAGGAAGGAGGAGUAUUGCAAGGAUAAGAAAGGAAUUGAGGGAAAAAUUAGGCAGAGCCCUUACUAGACUUGAAGUUUUUGAAGUUCUCCAUAAGAGGAAUGAUGGAACAUACAUUAAUGACUAUGCUAAGGAUUUCAUGGAUAAAGCAGCCGAAAUGGAGGGCCCUAGGGAGGAAGUUUUUCAGAAGCUAGCGGGCCCGGAGCUUAAUGGGAGGCUCCGAUGGUUGGGGUUAGGGCCAACUCCGACCACAUAUUUUGGAGUGUGCUCAAGAGGGGCUGCAUGUGGAUCUUGUUCGGCUGGUCAUUCAUGUGCAGAUGCGACUGCUUUGAAAGAGGAGUUAAGGGAGGUGAAGAAACACAUGGAUAUCAUGGCUAGGUUCAUCAGUAGACAGUUUCCCGGACAAAACUAUAUGGAAGAUGCUGAAAACAAUCAGGGUGCCACUAGUGAAGCUGCUCCAUCAAUGGGUUCUCGAGCGUCGUGA